AUGGAAAUUGAAUACUACCGCUUUGAAUGGAAGGUCGGUACAGCACCUAUGGAUAAUGAGGAGAACGUGAUGAUCGAUGAUGCUUAUAAUAUCCACUGCAUAAAGAAGCAUCCAUUUUACGUCACAAUUGAAUUGCCCCGUACACUUAUAGGACCUCGACUUAUAAUCUUCAGUUUGAUCAAUUCUUUAUUACAUAGUCAACUCAUUGAACGCUGUGAAAAGCAUACUAAAUCUGAUCGAUUAACAAAAUUAUGUCAUAAAGCACUCCCAUUAGUCAUACAUGAAGAUCUUUCUUCGGAUUACCCUUAUAGGUAUGCCGAGAAUGGGAGUGUUGCAAUCAUACUGCCACCGCAACAGCAAGUACAUGGAAUUCCUGUUGCCAUCAAGUGUUCAUCAAAAUGUACUCGAAAACCAUUUAGUCUCAUGGUAUGCGUAUUAAAUGAAGAAUUAGACGUUCCAAUGAAGCCAGUACGCUAUCUCUAAAAUCAAUUUGAAUAGACUGUAAUCGCGGGAAAUUCGCCAUUUCUCGUCGUUCACUUAAUAUUCUAGCUAUUUGAGCUCUAAAUUCCGUCCGAUUUUCGUAAACGUGCAUCGGAGAAAGAUCUUCAUGUAUGACUAAUGGGAGUGCUUUAUGACAUAAUUUUGUUAAUCGAUCAGAUUUAGUAUGCUUUUCACAGCGUUCAAUGAGUUGACUAUGUAAUAAAGAAUUGAUCAAACUGAAGAUUAUAAGUCGAGGUCCUAUAAGUGUA